AUGGUGGAGAAUCUGUUUCCGACUCGAUUCCAAAUCCAUCUUCAGCGACUUGUUGACCCUAAGCGUCGUCUUACUUCCCUCGUUGCCUCCCACAAGACGCUACUCUUCACAUUCCUCUGGAUCGCCGCCUUCGGUUCCGUCUUCUUAUGGCAGCGAACGGCCUAUAUCGGCGGCUCCGUCGUCGGUCCCGUCGGAGGGAAUUUCACAGUUUUCGGCCGGGUCAAACCGACCCAGCCACUGCCUCGCCUGAGACCAGUGGUGUUCGAUUUAAAGGAUUUCGGAGGUGUAGGCGAUGGGUUUACGCUUAACACGGAGGCGUUCGAGAGAGCGAUGAUUUCGAUCUCGAAGCUUGGGAAAGACAGCGGCGGAGGGCAGCUGAAUGUGCCUCCCGGACGCUGGCUCACGGCGCCGUUUAAUCUCACCAGCCAUAUGACUCUUUUUCUCGCCGAGGAUUCCGAGAUUCUGGGAUUUGAGGAUGAAACGUAUUGGCCUUUAAUGCCACCAUUGCCUUCGUAUGGUUACGGCAGAGAGCGUCCGGGACCUCGUUACGGGAGCUUAAUCCAUGGUCAGAACCUCAAAGACAUCGUGAUAACCGGUCAUAACGGAACGAUAAACGGGCAAGGACAGUCGUGGUGGAAGAAGCAUCAAAGGAGACUUCUCAACAACACGAGGGGACCUUUGGUUCAGAUAAUGUGGUCGAGUGACAUAGUCAUCGCUAACAUAACACUGCGUGACUCACCGUUUUGGACUCUUCAUCCAUAUGACUGCAAAAACGUUACAGUGAGGAAUGUCACCAUCUUGGCUCCUGUAACCGGAGCACCAAACACCGAUGGGAUUGAUCCGGAUUCGUGCGAGGAUAUGGUGAUUGAGGACUGCUACAUUAGCACCGGGGAUGAUGCGAUCGCGAUAAAGAGUGGGUGGGAUCAGUUUGGCAUUGCAUACGGACGACCUUCAACAAACAUUCUGAUCCGUAAUCUCGUCGUUCGCUCUGUUAUCAGUGCCGGUGUAUCAAUUGGAAGCGAAAUGUCCGGCGGGAUAUCGAACGUGACGAUCGAGAACCUUCUGAUCUGGAACUCACGCCGCGGGAUCAGAAUCAAAACGGCUCCAGGACGAGGCGGUUACAUCAGAAACAUAACCUACAAGAACUUAACGCUAGACAACGUUCGGGUUGGGAUCGUGAUCAAGACGGACUACAACGAGCACGCGGACGAUAAUUACGACCGGAAAGCGUAUCCACUGCUUUCGGGGUUCAGUUUCGCGGGUAUUCGCGGGCAAGGGGUGCGAGUGCCGGUCCGAAUCCACGGGAGUGAACAGAUUCCGGUGAGGAAUGUGACGUUCCGGGACAUGUCCGUUGGGUUGACGUACAAGAAGAAACAUAUAUUUCAGUGUUCGUUCGUGAAAGGACGAGUCUUUGGGUCGAUUUUCCCUCGGCCAUGCGAGAAUUUUGAUGUUUAUGACGAGGGAGGUCGCCUUGUUAAACCUGCUGCUGAGUCCAAUGUGACGGACAUCGAUUACGACAUUUGA